AUGCCUGCCACCGCUUCGGAAUUAGUUGCCACCAUCAGAGGUUGGAUCCAAUGCGUCAAUGAGAAGAGAUUGGGCGACUUGCCUAAAUAUCUGCACUCAACAUACAACCAGAACGGCACCGAAUACACACCCGAAUCGUGGGCAACGCAUGUCAAGGAACAUGUAGCUCUUCUGAUGGGAGAGGAUAUUACCAUCAACGAAGACAACAUCCUUGUGGACGAGAAUAGCCAAUGUGCUUCGUUUUCAAUAUGGGUCAAAUUCAAACCCGAGAUGCCUCUCCUAGGCUACCUACCUAAGGGCCACGAUAUUUAUUUAGUGGAACGAGGCAUCGCAUGGUUUACGGACGGCAAGCUCUCUAAGACUCUACUCGCGGUGAACAGCGACGAGAUACGCAAGCAACUAGCAGAACCCGAUGCCGACUUUGCGCCCAAUCUCAUCAGCGAGGAGCCGGUCCCUAAGAUGGAAACACCGCUGUCCCGCGAGAAGCUCGCGGAAAUCCUUACAGCCUACGUUGACAGCUUCAACGCCCGCCGAACUAAGACGGAUUAUGUCAAGUACGUCCACCGACCAGAAGAGAUACUCAACAACAAGACGUUGGCCCGUCGCAUCAUGGACGACACGGUGACAGCGAUCCCGGACCUCCAAGUGCAAAUCCACACGCUGAUCGCCGACGAGGAAUCUCAGCGCGUGGCAGUAUGGCUGAAAUUCACUGGAACGCCGGUGAAGGAGUACGCCGGACUAGUGGUCGAUGGCCGACCCGUCCAGUUCACCGAGCAUGCGACCUAUCAGAUUGUGGACGGCAAGAUCCAGCGAAUUUGGGGGUUUAUGGAUUGGGACGAGGCGAGACAGCAGCAGAGGCCCGCGGAACAGAAACCCUUACCAGUGCUUUGA